AAAUCGAGGUAGCCCCAGGUGUGACGUCAAACAUUCUCCACCAUCUUGGAUCACAUUGUGUGUGGAUAAAGCAAUCCACUUCUGUUUGUCAUUUUAAAAAACAUAAUGAAUCCCGAAAAAUUAAAGAAUUUACAGUCCCAAGUUAGGAUAGGGGGUAAGGGUACACCAAGAAGGAAGAAGAAGGCAGUCCACAGAACAGCAACCACAGAUGAUAAAAAGUUACAAAGUUCCCUUAAGAAAUUAGCAGUAAACAAUAUACCUGGAAUAGAAGAGGUAAAUAUGAUCAAAGAUGAUGGACAAGUAAUUCAUUUCAACAAUCCAAAAGUACAGGCUUCACUAGCUGCCAACACAUUUGCAAUCAAUGGUCAUGCAGAAACAAAACAGAUCACAGAGAUGCUACCAGGAAUCCUCAAUCAGUUAGGAACUGAGGGUUUGACUAAUCUCAAGAAAUUGGCAGAGAGUGUAGCAGGCACUGCUGCUGGAGAUGGAAAUAAACCUGCCACAGAUGAAAUAGAUGAUGAUGAUGAUGAAGUACCAGAUUUGGUUGGUACCUUUGAUGAAGCAUCAAAAGAUGAGAAGGACUCUGCUUGAGUAAGGACCUGCUAGCAUUGCCAGGACAUCGGAUGCAAGCAGAAUCACCAAUGCAACAACAUCACAUCUGUGAACUAGGACUGCUUGUACAGAGGGCGAGAUGUGUGUUUGUGUGUACUUUCUGUGACAAGAUGACAGUGGCGAGAUGUGAUGCCGCAUUAGAAGCCAAAUACAGGAGAAAUGACAUAAAUGAUCAUUGAUGCAGACUGUGACUAUGUUUUUGUAUGUAAACCCAAGAUUAACUCUAAGCAUGAUUGCUCUGCUUGAAAUAUUGGGAACAAUUGUAUAAACUCUUUGUAUAAUAAUAUAAUUUUAACCUAAUAUUUCGGGUGUAAUAAAAUAAAAUAAAAAAAGAAAUGGUUUUUAAUAGUUUCAUGGUCAAAGAGUGCUUGUUUGAGAGUUAAAGAAUGCCUAGAAACUAAAAUAUAAGAAUCCUUUCCAACUACAUCUUAAUAAGUUGAACCAUUUCCAAGUUGGUUUCUUAUAUGAAUUGAAUAAAGUCAAGGUGCCAAAAGACGGACCAAAUUAAUCACUUGUCAGCCCAAAACAUCUUGGGCACUGCUCUUUGAAAUUUUUAGUCUUCAUUAAUGCUGUUUGUGCAAUAGCAUGAUAAAAUGAGUGGCAGAAACUGGAGAGGGCUAAACUUAGCACAAUGAAAAUUACAUAUGUUCAAGUAUCGAUUUUCUGGAGGUAUGACAAAAUGCCCAAUGUGUAGGAAGAAACUGAUUCUUAUAAUUUACAUACAUAAAAGGGCAUUCACUCUCACUAUGUGUCCUUUAAAAAAAAGGAAUGAAUAAAGCAAAAAAAAAAAAAA